AUGGCGAAGAAGGCUGUUCAGUUUGGCGGCGGUAACAUCGGCCGUGGCUUCGUCGCCGAAUUCCUUCACACUGCCGGCUACGAAGUGGUCUUUGUUGAUGUCGUUGACAGCGUCAUCAACGCCUUGAACGAGUCCGACUCCUACAAUGUGACGGAGAUCAGCGAAGAGGGUGAAGUCACCAAGACCAUCACCAACUACCGCGCCAUCAACUCCAAGACCAACGAGAGUGACGUCGUGCAGGAGAUUGCUACCGCCGACGUGGUUACUUGCGCCGUUGGCCCUAACAUCCUCAAGUUCAUCGCUCCCGUCAUCGCCAAGGGUAUCGAUGCUCGCACCGAGUCCAAGCCCUUGGCCGUCAUCGCCUGCGAGAAUGCCAUCGGUGCCACGGAUACUCUGCACGGCUUCAUCAAGGAGAAGACCAACCCGGACCGUCUCUCCUCUCUCUACGAACGCGCUCAGUUCGCCAACUCGGCCAUCGACCGCAUUGUUCCCAACCAGCCUGCCGACAGUGGCCUGAACGUGCGCAUCGAGAAGUUCUACGAAUGGGUCGUCGAGAAGACUCCCUUCGGCGAGACUGGUCACCCCGACAUCCAGGCCAUCCACUGGGUAGACAACCUGGAGCCUUACAUCGAACGCAAGCUCUUUACCGUCAACACCGGUCACGCCACCACUGCCUACUACGGCUACGCCCGCGGAAAGAAGACCAUCGCUGAGGCCUUGAGCGACGAGGAGAUCCGCGACAUCGUGCACAAGGUCCUGGACGAGACCGCAUCGUUGAUCGUGGCCAAGCAUGGCAUCUCCGAACAAGAGCAGAAGGAAUACGUCAACAAGAUCGUCAGCCGCAUCAGCAACCCUUACCUCGAAGACCAGGUGGAGCGUGUCGGCCGUGCUCCCGUACGCAAGCUUUCCCGCAAGGAACGCUUCAUCGGCCCUGCGUCGCAACUCGCCGAGCGUGGCAUGCAGUACGAGAACUUGUUGGAUGCUGCCCAGAUGGCGCUUCGCUUCCAGAACGUCCCCGGCGACCAGGAAAGUGUCGAACUGGCUCACAUUCUCGCGGAAAACAAGGCCGACGGCGCCACCACCCAGCUUACCGGCUUGGAAGAAGAUCAUCCUCUGUACGCCCCUGUGCUCAAACGGGUGAGCCAAGUUCAGCAGGAGGCCAAAUAA